AUGGCCUUGGCCUCAGUCGGGGGCUUCCUCUUCGGUUUUGACAACGGCUGGUGGGGAACCAUCCUCGGGUCGCAGAAGUUCUUGCACGACUAUGGGUCGUGCGCCAUCGUUGAAGGCGUCGAAAUAUGCAACCUGUCGACGUCUCAGAAGUCCGCUGGGAGUUCAGUGCAAUCGGGGGGGAUAAGUGAGGCGCCUCAGCCAUUCGACAAGAGGGUUCAGCUGACGAGUGCGCCUGCAGUGAUUGCCUGUCUCUUCUCAGUCUACCUAAACAACCUCCUCGGCCGCCGUCUGUCUCUAAUUAUCACCGGCUUUGUUUCGAUUGUUGGCGUCCUGAUUGAAAUUACAUCCAGUGCUGGUAAUGGCCCUGCGCGCUUCGGCCAGUUCGUAGCUGGAAAGGUCAUCGCGUCUAUUGCAAUGGGGCUGGCUGCGAACAUCGUUCCGAUCUACCUGUCAGAGACGUCUGCUGGGGAGCGUCGCGGCUUCGCAGUCACGUCGUAUCAGAAUGUUAUGAUCCUCGGCGUCAUCCUGGCGUCCGGCGUGGUAUACGCUUCCUCCGCCAUGAGCACAAAAGCAGCAUACUGGAUCCCCAUCGGCAUGCAACUGAUCGCCCCCUCAGUUAUGGUCAUAGGCUCACCUUUCCUCCCCGAGAGUCCUCGCUGGCUCGUAUGGAAAGGCCGAAACGAAGAAGCCAAAGCAGCCGCGCAGAAGCUCUUCUCAACUCCUUUUAACGACUUCGACGCAGCCGACUACGUCAACGCAAUCGAGAUCGCCAUCGACUCUGAUCGAGCACACGAAAUGGCAUCGAGCUGGAGAGACCUCUUCCGCGGGCCAGACCUGCGGCGUCUGCUCAUCGCCGUGGGCAUCCAGUCGCUUCAACAGGCGCAGGGCUCGUCGUACAUGAAUAAUUACGUGGUGUCUUUUCUCCAGUCCACAGGGGUAACGAAUGUCUUCCCCGUCAUCAUGGGGCUGUACACUUUGUACUACUUCGCCAUUCUCACCGGACACUUCCUCCCCGACAUGGUAGGCCGUCGGCCAAUCCUCAUGUCCACGGGCGCCUUCUGCGCAACCUGCCUCAUCACCGUUUCCGCAUUAGUCGUGGCAUACUCGAACCCCCCAGAGGCGGCACAGAAAGCCUCCAUCGCAUUGAUCUUCCUCUGGCAGAUCGGCUUCGGCAUCCAGUCUCCGCUGAUCUGGAUCGUGACAGCCGAGUCCGCGCCAACGCGGAACAGAGAGAAAGUCCAGGCCAUUGCUGUGUUCUUAGGCUUUGGCGUCUCGCUGCUGAUCGCGUCUGUGUCGCCGUACCUCCAGGACGCCGGCUACGGUAAUCUGGGCGGGAAGAUUGGCUUCAUCUGGGGCGCAUUUUCCGUGGUGACGGUGGUCUGGGUGUUCUUCAUGGUGCCCGAGAUGCGGGGCUUCACGAUUGAGCAGCUCGACUUCCUCUUCAACACGCGCAUCCCGACGCGGAAGUUCGCGGGGUACAGUUUUGCGACGAGUGAAGGGGAGGCGGUCUUUGGCUCGGCAGAGGAUGUGCAGGAGGAGUUGGGCGAGGACGACGUUAAGGCUGCCGUUGUGGCGACUCACAAGGCUGUGAAGAGGGCGCUGUAG